AUGGACGCAGUUAAAGAAACAAUGCAUAAUGCAGUAAACACGGCAGAACAUGGUGUAGAUACUGUUAUGGGAAAAAUCGGAGAAACUUUUGCCUUUGCCUCUUCCACAGCUUCAGAAGUAAAAGACGAUUUAGAAACGAAAAAGGACGAAUUAGUGACCAACGCUUCUGAGACUGCAACUGAAGCGGUGUCUGAAGCGGAAACAGUAUUAGCGUCAGAAACGGAAAGUGCGAAAGAUGCAUUUACUUCAAAAAUGUCGCCAGCAUUCGAAACUGUAAGAUCUGUAGGAGAAGAAUUCAGUGAGAAAGCUGCAGAAAUUCACGAAAAUGGAAUAGAAUUAAUCGAUGAUCUCGAAGAAAGUAUGGAUGAUAUGUUAGGAGAUAACGUAAGCAAAAUCGAGAAGAAAAUGGAAGAAAUUAUGAAAACCUCACCUGCUGAUUCUCCCGUUAAGGAAGUGGUAAAGGAGGAGUAA